AUCACAUUGUGAUAGUAUGUACUAACUGAAGAACCCUCGAGGUUAGGGAGGGGGUGCAAUCAUGCAGGGUGCUUCGUGGGUGGCCCGAAGACCAUCAACGUGUGUGUGGUCCGGCAAUCCUUAAGCGGGAUGUGAUGUAGCUGGCAAGGUUUAGACGAUGUACAACGCUUUGUGUACCGAGAGAAGUGGAGAGAAGCCUCAAGACGCUUAGGCCCAGCGUUCUUCCAUUUGUAAAUUAAUUUCACAUAGCUAAAAUGUUCUGGCAAAAUUAUCAUAAUUAUUAUAAGGCUUCUCUAUGUUUAGCUUAUUUAUUCGUUUUUUAUUCAAUUAAUGAAGUUAAUUCAGUGCUAAGUGAAAGUUUUGAAGGAAAUGAAAAUGGAGAAAAUGGUACGUGGAAAAAUUUAGACCUGGCUGUCCGGCUACAUGAUCCAAGUUACCUUCUUGAGAGGUAUCCUCAUGUAGAGCCCACUGCCUCUGUUAACUGUAGAAAACAAGUAAAAUGUGUCAAAAUGAAAUAUAGCACGUGCAUGGGCACUCCUUUACCAUUUACCAUGACCACUGUUGAUCUUUUGCCAGAACCUAUGACUCAAGAUCAAAUUCAAGAAAGACUGAAAAUUUUACAAGUCUUAAGACACAUUCCUAAAUGUUGGGCAGUAGUUCAACCAUUUUUAUGUUCUCUAUUUAUGCCACAAUGUAAUAAUAAUACAGUGGAAUUACCUUCACAAGAGUUUUGUAAAAAAGUCUCAGGACCUUGCAGAAUACUUUUUAAUCAUACUAUAUGGCCAAAUUUUAUAAAUUGUGAAAAUACGAAAUUAUUUCCUAAGAUGUGUAACGAUUACAUGAGAGAUUAUUAUUUUAAUACAUCAACGAAAUGUAUAAAUCCACUGAUAUCCACUGAAAACUCAUUAGCAAUAUUUGAAGGAGUUGAAGGAUGUGGUACCCAAUGCAAUGACCCUUUAUAUACACCUGAACAACAAAAUCAGAUACACUCUUUCAUUUUUUGGGGUGCUGUAAUUUCUGGAGUGUUCAAUCUUUUUACAGUCAUAACAUUUUUAAUUGACUGGAGAAGUGCCAAUAAAUAUCCUGCUUUAGUUAUUUUUUAUAUUAAUUGUUGCUUCUUAAUUUCUUGUAUUGGAUGGCUUGCUCAAUUUACCUCAGGAAAUAGAGAAUCUAUUGUUUGCAGAAAAGAUGGAACUUUAAGAAUGAACGAACCUAGUGGGGGAAGUUUAUCCUGUGUUGUAGUAUUCGUUUUAAUUUACUACUCUUCAAUGGCUGCCACAGUUUGGUUUGUUAUUCUUACAUAUGCUUGGCACAUGAGAUUUCAAGCAUUGAGCACAAUCCAAGACAAGAUCGACAAGAAAAGUGCUUACUUUCACUUGAUAGCCUGGUGUUUACCUUUAGUUUUAACUGUAACAAUUAUUGCUCUUGGAGAAGUUGAUGGAAAUAGUGUCACCGGUAUUUGCUUCGUUGGAUACACUAAUCAUAUUAUAAGAAGUGGAUUUUUACUUGGUCCCAUAUUAGUUGGAAUACUCAUUGGUGGAUAUUUUCUGUCUAGAGGUUUGGUUACAUUAAUUCGCUUAAAGAUAAGCAGUCAGGAAAUUAUAUCCGAACGAGCAAGUGUCAAAAUUCGUGGCACAAUCAUAAGAAUGGGGUGCUUUUCUGUAUUUACAUUUCUCGCUGUAGUUAUAACAGUUUAUUGUCAUAUGUACGAUUUUCAAAAUUCGUCGAAGUGGCACCAAAGUUUCAGAGAUUAUAUGAUAUGUUUAAUUACCAAAUACUCUGAAGAUUCUGAAUGCAAAAUGAAGUACAAACCUAGUGUAACAAAACUACAAUUGCAUUUACUAGCACCAUUUCUUGCGGGUGUUCUAAUGUCUUCAUGGGUUUGGACCAGUUCAACUAUCGAUACCUGGAUUCGUUUUCUUCGCCGAACAUUUAAUUGUGAAUCGGAAGAACCAGUGAAAUUAAAGAAACACAAAGUAAUUGCUCAAGCUUUUGCAAAAAGAAAAACUUUUAACAAUGCUGGUCGUCUAUCGAUCAGUUUCCAUAAUACUCAUGACGACCCCGUUGGACUGAAUUUUGAUCUCAAUUCAGUAGCAUCUCAAGAUUUUAGCUCAACUUGGGCAGCAGCUCUACCAAAAUUUGUUACAAGAAGAGGAGCAUUGGUAGGUGGAAAUACUGCAUCUGUGUCGAGCAAUCGAAGAAACUCAGUAGAUUCUGAGAUAAGUUUUAGUGUACAGAGAGUGUCUGUUCAAUCACGAAGGAAUUCCCUCGACUCGCAAAUUUCUGUGCAAAUUUCUGAAGUUAAAGCAACAAGAAAAGUAGCAUCCAGUUCUGGAGCCAGGAGUAGACGAGGAAAGCGAAGAAGAGACUUUGGUAAAUCAAGAUCUACGAAAGUAGGACCACUCUUCCGAAGAGGAAGUACGACUUCACAAGAAAGUCAACUGGGAGCUCAAAUCUUAAAUGCUUUAACAAUGGGCGGGACUCAGAAUAUUCCUCAAGUUCCAAACUUGAAACGAAGAUCAGCAACUGCUGGUCUAGAUGGUGGUGUAUUCAACUCUAAAGUUAUUGAUGAAAAAAAUGUAGGAAUACUUUUGCCAUUUUUAUUUCACAAUCAGACAGAUAGUGAUGAAAAUGUGAGCUCUGAAGAAAAGAGAAAUCUUCAAAUUAUGGAUAAGAAGAAUAUUGAUGUUGAAGCAGGAAAUAUAACUAAUGAUAAGAAUGAGAAUGAUUCAGAUAGUGAAGAAAGCCAGGCUGAUGAAGAGACAAAAAUGAUAACUUGUGAAGAGCCACAAGAAAGAUGUAAGAGCAAAAGUAGCAAUAAAAGUUCUAGAAGUUAUAAUCAUGAAACGGGAAGAAGUAAGGAGAAUCGCAAGAGUAAAUUUAUUAUCCAAGAUGAAACUGUACUUAAACAAUUUCUGCAGGAGACAAGUGAAAUGAAGAUAAAUGAUAAUGAAAAGGAAAAUUAUAGAAACUCUGGUAUAGGAGACUUGAACUCAAGUUUAACGUCCUACUGUCCAGAGUUAUCAAGAAUAAUGCAGUCUGAUGGACACUCAAGUGCGAGAGAAAUAGCUACACAAACUUCAUUGCCUCUAGAUAUUUUAGAAAUGGAGGAAUUAAAACAAAGUAUUGACGAAAUUAUAAAUAGUAGGAAUUGCAGUUCAAAGGGGACACAAAUUUCUCCUCAGUUAAAUAAAAGUAAUCGUAAAGCAGAUGUAAAGACCAUGGCAACUAGUCCAGUUACCAUAGCAAGACUGUCUAAAGAAGGACGACGAAAUGAAAGAAAUCAUAAGAACGUCUAGCGAAUUAAGUAAACUUUUUUUACUUCCUUUUUUAUUUUUUUUCUACUUAAUUUAUGAUAAAUAACUAUUUUAAUGGAUUGAUGCGGGAAACUAUGAAUUUAUAACGGAGUAAUAUAAAAUUUCUGAGAUAUUUUAU